GGCAGUGGGGGCUAAGCAUGGAGAAACUUCUUUCCUGAGCAAGCCUUCCCAGACUGAUGUACUGAAACUGGCAUGGAAGCCGUGGUGCCAUGAGGAUUACAGCUCCUGGAAACCAGCUGGCCUCCAGAGCUGGGGUGUAGAGCCACCAUCCCAGAGCCCACAGGACCUUUCCAUGGUGUCAGCAUGGUCCAGGACAGCCCUGCCAUUCCCUCCUCUCCCUGCAGGUUUGGGACAAGUGUCUGGGGCAAUGUGUGUAAUGCCUUCCUGGCCAAAAAUGGCAAUAAGAAAGGAAAGAGAAGUUAAGAAGCUGCCACCGUUCUGAAGUUCAUUCACGGUGUGGGUGUAAACAGACUCAGCUUUAACAACACGGCACGCAUUCUCCCGUGGCUGCCUCUCUUACUGCUCAUGGAAACAGGAGAAUAUUGGCUUUUUCCAGAGCGUCAGCGUGAAUCCUUGUGAGCAGCAGUGACGGUGCCGGAGUGCAGUGCCAAGGUGAUUUUCAGGAUGAAAGCCUUGCGGCCCGCCAGGAGAGGAGCCGCACUCUGCCCUGCGGCGGUGCCGGGGCUGCUGCCCGCGGGCGGUGCUCGGCCCGGCCCCGUGAGGGCUCUGCUCGCAGCCCCGGGCAGCCGUGAGCGGGGCCAGCACGGCCCGGUGCCCGUGUCGCUGCCCUGCACGGCUCCCGGGUGCCUCCUGCCGGCCCGAGCCAGGCCCCGGCCGCCGGCGGCAGCCUCUCCUGGAGCUGCGGGAGCGGCCUCACGGCAGCCGCACGGGCCAGGCCCCGCCGCGGGGCCCGGGGUGAGCGGGGCCGGGGCUGUGCGGGGCCGGGCAGCGGCCCGCAGUGGCACCUGCCGUAGGGGCCGGGCAGCACCGGGGUUUAAACGCCGUUUGCCACCGUUUCGGGACCGUUUAGCACACUGUGCCCGCCACCCUCUGAUGGGAUUUCGGCUGGAUUGCGAGCCCUUCCAGCGGGAGUUCUCCUGCCUGAGCACCUGGCCCCUCAAGCAAGGGACACGUUUCUGCAGACACCUUCGCAGAGGCUCAGCAGCGGCUGUGCAGCGCUCACUGGGCUGGCCUACGUGGAGCCCUCAUUCAGAACUGUUAAAACCAGCAGGCAUUCAGGCAAGCAGACCAAGACUGGGAAUGCUAAAUGUUGCACACUCAAAACCAUAUGAGCAAAGCGUUUGUUUGCCUUCAAACCUAGGGAACAGCCUACUAACACAGGUGAUAGAUGAUGAAGGAUGGGCUGUGGGAAGUGGAGCUUGCUGGAGUCUGAAGGGCCAAGGGUGUCUGGCUGAUGAGCUCUUUGCCCCUUGGGUGCUGCAGGGGGUGGCCUCCCUUCUUUCCCAUUUCAUGCAAGGGAAGGUGGGAUUCUGGGAAGGAUCUAAGAGGGGGAAGAAACAUGUUUGUGGGCAUCCUCUAAAGGCAGAUUUCAUUUUCUUUGAAGAUCUAUGCUCUCUUUUCUGUUGAGACAUAUGGAAAUUGAGUGCAUUGUGGCCUACAGUCAUGUGGAUGUUGUUUUUUCUGUUGUGACUAAGGAUUCAAUACUGUGUAGCACCCUGUAAUGUGGUCUGAUAGGGCAUCUUCAGUUUGCCACUGUGGACAAGUUUCUUUGAUUGCUUUGUGACUAGUGCAAUUGGAAACAUAUUCCAAACACAAUGAUGGGAAGAAAGGGAGGCCUGUAUUUCCCUUCAGCACUCUCCAUGUGAUCUCUCUGGAUCGUGUACCCAUGCAGUUUUCUGUGGCUCCUUUGCACACCCCAAGUGAAGUAAAAGAAGCUUUCUUGACCUAAAAGGAGCUGUUCUUUCAAAGCAUGGGAUUUUCCAGGUUUGUAAUAAAAGUAUCAUUGUGUUUCAUAAAGGUAAGAGCUUCUGCAAUUGCAGUUCAUAAACAAUGUCAUGGGAUGUUUUCAGAGCAGCUCAAGGUUUGUUCGACUUCCACAGAAAUCAUAAAAGUCUUGCUGUUGACAAUAUCCUGCUUUACCUCGUGUUCUUAUUCCAGCAGAAGAGAGGUCUCUCAUGGUCCUGUGUCAUAUCUGCAAGCCUUUCUGGCUGCUGACCCAUGUCCUUUGUGAAAUUGGCACUGAUUUACCAGAGAUGCAAUAAAAUGCUGCAUCCUACCUUCAAAUUCCUAGAGACAGAAAAUGAAUUCAUAAGUUUUGGUCUGCAGUGUCAACACACAAUUGUGUCUGUCCAGGUGGGAGAGGACUGAACUCUCCAUCAGCUUUAUUCAGGGUUUUCAAAGACCUCUAUCAGCAUUUUUCAAGCCUGUACACACUUGAAUUGGAACAGUAAGAAAACAUCCACAAAACUCAAGUGAAUAGACUGGGGAAAAAUCUUGAAAAAGUGAAGUGGAUAUCCAGCAACUGUGUGUGUCUGAUCCAUUCUUGCUUUUCUGUAUUCUAAAAUUUCCUGUACCAUGUUGAGCAAAGGCACCGCUGUGGUGUCGAAACCUGGUGAGGUCUGGCAGGCUGGCAUCCCAGAGGUGCAGGUACCACUCCCCUGUAAUGCCUACUGCACUUCAAAGGCAGAUUUUGUAUUAGCUUUGAGACAAACUGCAAAUCCAAUCCAGCCAUGCAUUUGCUACAGAGAACACAACAAGCUUGUCCAUGGGUAUAGUGGCUUGCCUUUUUUCCAAAUGAACUAGUUCUGGGAAAGGAAAAUAAUGUGAGCUCAAUGAUCUGUGAAUUUGCUGUAUGUAGUGGCUCUGCUAAUUGAGUUGAGUGGAAAGACCAUCUCUCCUCUGUUCUUUCCAAGCCCAAAAGGAGGAUGUAAGGACAUAGCCUACCUGCUGUGUGCAGGCAAGCAAAAGGGGAGGAGAGCACCCUCCUUUGCUUGUCUCUCCAAAAGCCUGGACACCAGCAGCAUGGAGCUCACCUUGUCCUUCCCCCUGGCAAACCAGCCACCAUUUCUGAGACACAUUCCGCUCACCUAGAUUUAGGAAAUGCACACAGGAGUAAAUAACACAAAAAGAGUGAAAUGGAUCUUAAUUUAAGGGAUCUUCAGCUAACCCCAGCUCCAGUUUCUCAAGUUGGGAGUUCAUCCCUGUUCAUUACAUGCUUAAAGCAGAGAUCAGGUAUUCCUUCCUGUUCAUGCAGCUCUGGGAAAACUGGUUGUACUUUGUUCAGAAAAGAAUAAACAGCAACCACUAACAUGGUCAGCUCAUUCCUACCAUCAUCACUGAUCUUGAUCUGUCAACUCCUCUUGCUGCUUAUUUGCUGGCAAAGAAACUCAAACCAAAGGUCCUUUGGGAGAUGCAAAGACAAUAGAAGGAAACAUUUGCCUGAUAUCUGAUGUUACCACAAAGAGCUGGCCAGUGCACAUAGAAGUAUUGGACUCAUGAUGGAAAAUUUAAUGGGGAAUAUUGCAGGAAUAGAACCUGUCCAUCGAAGGGCAUAUCUGCUCCCUGACACACACUCCAAUUGUCUGUCCUUUUCCAGCACACUCCUCCCCCUGGAGGAGGGUACUGGGCACAGCAUCUCCCGUAGUCAUUCCUUGUUUCGAUUCCCGAUCCCAAUUUCCAGACUUCCAAAUUUAGACAGUGCUUCCCAUCUGAGCAGUCCUGAUGUGGAGUCCUUAUUUACUCACAAGACACUGACUGUCCAAUCCUUCCUGGAGUUCUUCCUUAGGUGCAUUUUGGCUCUUCCCUCUUGCACAAGAAAUGUCCUGGUUCACUCACAGGCUGCCACUGCUCUGUGCAGCUGCUGCUUGUUACCAAGAGGUUUAUGUGUGAAAUAAAACCCAGUUAUAAAAGAAGGGAAAAAUGUGGAUUCCCUGGGGCUGGGCAUGAGGCUGUGGGACUGUCUUAAACCCCUGGAGAUUAAUUUCUGGUUCUGCAAACAAGCUCUGAAUGAAAAACUUUUGCCUGCUGGAGCCAGCUGCUCCCACCACAAUUAAUGUGUAGGAGCUCUACAUAUGUGAAGGUUGUGUCUCUGGAGGCAUUGUGAUGGACUAGUGUCACUGCAGGAAACCUAGAAAAAGUGGCACAGUAAGUGGGCAUAAAUUGGAAAAAUUAGGCUGUUUUCAGUGAAUUUACUGUGGAUUUAGUAACAUUUCAUUGUCAUUUUAUAAAUAUUCAGGUUUACUGAUUAGCCAUCCAAGCAAGGGGUUUGCAAUCGAAACAACUGCAGAUCAGGGGAACAAUGUGUUGGAACUCGUACAGAAAAGAUAGGAAUGUCUGAUUUUGAAAUGGAAAGACAAAAGAACUUAUUGAUAGCACAAGGGACGGUGUGCAAGAAGUGUUUAAAGACACAUUCAACAACUGGUAUUCAGACGUGAAGAAGAACUUCUGCAGUAAGCACAGGCUUGCUCCCUUGGACUGAACUUGGACACCUGCUGGACAAUGUCAUGCAGCAUGUCCUAGGUGGUCAGAGCCAGAAACAGCAAUCUAGAAAGUGGUGCCCAAAAGUACUCAGACUUGAGCCUGGGGAAGACCAAACCUGAAACAGUGGGAGAGGUCUCUACCAGAAAAGCUUGAAGGAGAGGGUGUAGAGAGGUUUAAACUGAAACCCAUUUGCGUUACCUUUAAAUACAUAUCAAAACAAGUGAAAAAAAAAAAACCCAAACAAGCAACCUGGCAUAUGUUCUGUGGGAGGUGAGUCCUUCACACUUGUGUUUGCCCUGUCGGAAAGGGAAUCUUAAUUGGAUCCGGAUCUGCCCAGUUCCAGGUGUCUUCUCUCUCAGGUCCCCAGAGCCAUUUGUUUGUUUUGCUGGUGUGCCUCAGCUUGGCAAAGUAUCUUGAUUGCUAAGUGAAUGUGGAUUCAGCCAGCUCUGACCAGCUCUGGCAUCUGAAAAAAAUCCUUUUUUCUUCCGCUUGAAUUUCUCUGCCAGCUGCCUUCGAGUCAGGAUUUCCCAGCCAGCAGCUCUUGUUAUUAUCUGUUUUCACUUGCCUUGAUGUUUACCAGAUUGGACUGCUUUUAUCUCUAUUAACCCUCCCUCACUGUGGAGCCCCAGUAUUACACACCCUAUGUGCCUUGGCCACUGGGUCAGAGCAGAAAUAAGUAAACAGAUAAUAAAAUCACCUUAUUGAGAAAACAGUGAGGUCUAAAAUAUUGGCCAAAAAUAACACAAGUGAUGAUGAUCUCAGGGAAUAAAAUAGCUAAAAGGCCAAAUGAAGGUAUUAAAAAUCAAAGCUUAAAAUAAUUGACGCACUAGCUCAUUAGACUAAAUCUGAGCUCUGCUAAAAUUCCCCACCAGAUGAAAACUCUGGUAUGAAAAUAGUGCCGAACAGCUGAGAGCAGGACAAGCUGGCCUGAUUUUUUCUGGUCUCAGAAGUGAAUUGUUGCUAAGAAGUGCCUUCAUUUGUAACCUUAGAUACAUCAUACAGUCAUUUAGACCAGAAGGUCUGAUUAAAAAUGCGUCUAAAAAUAUAAAGGGGAAAUUCUCCAUCUUUAAAGGGCCAUAAAGCUAUUCUGAACAAGUGACAAAAAUAACUUCCCAUGUCCUCCAGUUCUUGAAACCAUGGGGAGGAAAUAAAAUAUAGAAAAGAUAAGCUCGUUUUUUGUUUUUAUUUUAAAUUCCAUUCUUCAUCAAGACCAAUAUACUUUCAAAGGUAAUAGAUUACAUCUAGUUAAAAAGACCCGCAUGUCUGGUCACGUGUCGGCUCAGUGUUUAAGAUGUCUUUAAGGAUA